CUUAAUGCCAAAUCAUAAGAAAAUUACCAUUUCAACUUAAAAGUUACGACUUUUUGCUCCUCAAAUAUGGAAGUUGGGUCAGAUAUAAAGAAAUAAUUAGCACAAGCAGAGUCUUUCCUUCUUCAUUAAGCCCUUAAACGCUAGUGUUUUUUUUUCCCUUUCCUCUUGAGUGUGUUGCUUUCAUAUAGACAGUGAAAUCUGCCAAAAAAGAAAUGGGCUUAUCUGGUAGCUAGCUGAAAGAAUGAAAAACAAAACUAAGUUUUCAGUUCCUUCACUUGUCUUCCAACAGUCUCGACUUUGAUUUGCUGUCUUUUUUUUUUUUUUUUUAAGGUCUAUAUUAGGCUGUCUUAUGGUCACUGAAAAAAGUGUUGUUAUCAUCAAAACCCUAGUUAAGAUCCAAACAUAUCUUCUUUGUUGUAGCUAGCUAUAAAUUAAAAACUGUGAACUUUCCAUGGAUUCGAUUGGAGAAAUGGAUAUCUUUUCCAACUCCCAAAACGGGGGCACCCUUACGAACGUUAGCCAUAACAGUGGCACUUCGUCUUCUUCAACCUCAAGCCGCUACGAGAACCAAAAGCGCCGUGACUGGAAUACCUUUGGGCAGUACCUGAAGAAUCAUAGACCUCCACUUGCCUUGUCUAGGUGCAGUGGAGCUCAUGUCCUGGAAUUCCUUCGUUACCUUGACCAAUUCGGCAAAACCAAAGUCCACACCCCAAUCUGCCCUUUCUAUGGCCACCCAAACCCGCCUGCACCUUGCCCAUGCCCUCUCCGUCAAGCCUGGGGUAGCCUCGACGCUCUCAUCGGUCGCCUCCGAGCCGCUUUUGAAGAAAAUGGAGGAAAGCCUGAAGCAAACCCUUUCGGUGCACGAGCUGUGAGGCUUUAUCUUCGCGAGGUUCGUGAUUUGCAGUCGAAAGCAAGAGGGAUUAGCUACGAGAAGAAGAAGCGUAAGAGACCACCACCUCAACAAAUCCCAUCUCUGCAACUGCAAGUGCCACCACCACCACCAGGUGCUAGUUAAAAACAAUCAAUAUGCAUCAGCAAAAAAACCCCAUAUGCUUCUCAUCCUUGAUUGAUCUAUGUGGGGUACUACUUAUCUUUAAUUUUGCCAUAUCAGUAUAUGUUUAGGGUAGUUCUUUUUUUUUUUUUUUAAUUUUCAGUUUCCUGUGCUUUCAGUAAUGCUUUUACAGAUUUUUGGGGGGAUUCCUUUGAAUCUACUUUUGAUGCAAACAGUGUUAGUAUUCUUCAGUAAUGACUACUAGUAGUACUGCAAAAAAAAAAAAAAGGUCAUUCUAGGAAGUGAUUGUACUAGCAGUUUGUUGCCUAAGUUGAACCUUAUGUGAGCAGCUAAUAUGCUCGAUCAUGGCUUUUCAUGUACUUUGCAGCCAAACCAUGUCUAUUUGCACUUCGUUUCUCCAUAUUGUCUAUGGCAAAUGGCCAUUGCCGCUCAGAUUUGUGCCA